GAAUAUGCCAAAUUAACUUUGUCAAGUGAAACCAGGAAACACACAGGUCUGAAUGAGAUAAUAUUUCACAGAUAAUUUAGAGAAAUGUGAACUGCAUUAGUUGAUAGACUGCUGCUAACAGACAGACGGACAGACAGACAGACAGACCGGAUCUACUGGGACUCAAACGCCAACAGCAGCGUCCAAAAACUUGUAGAUUUUUUUUUACACCAGACAGUGUCACGUCGUGCUCGUUAGGUGUCAGUGCACGUAAGAAAUCACAUGGAGGUGCUCUUGCGCUCACAUGACAGUCUGAACCAUGGCAGGAGAGAUCAAUGAAGGCUCAGUUCCUGCCUAUUACAGGGAAGUGUAUGAAGCCAUCCGCUGCAGGACUGAUGAGAGAGUGCAGGUUGACGUCUUUCACCGACUUCUCCAAAGGACUGAUCUCUCCAGGGCGGUUCUGAACCAGAUUGCUGAGCAUGUUGACUCCGCAGAUGGAUUCCUGAGCAAGUUGGCCCUCUAUAAAGCGCUCGCCCUGAUUGCUCUCGCUCAGCAAGGAAAGCAGCCGAGCCCCAAGCUCCUGGAGAACUGCAUACAAGAGUUGCCGAAACCUCUGCUCGGGGAGCCGAGGGACUUGAAUGCGCUGAGGAUGCAGCCGGCUCAGGAGGACGUGCUGAUGAUAUCGCUGACGCUGGACAGGCUUCUGGCUCGAGACACGGUCAAGGUGGAGCUCAUACCUGAGAAGAAGGGUCUGUUCCUAAAACAUGUGGAGUACCAGGUCACCAGCCAGCGUUAUAAAAUAUCAGUUUACCGACGUUACAGUGAUUUCGACGUCUUCCACGAGGUUUUGCUUCAGAAAUUUGCCUACAGAGUGGUGCCAGCAUUGCCACCUAAAAGGAUGUUAAAGGGAGUCCUGACCUCUGUCUCCGAGCGGGACUUCAUCGAGGGGAGGAGGCGCGCUCUCGGCAGAUUUAUUAACCUAGUGGCUCGGCAUCCCUUCUUCUCAGAGGACGAGCUGGUCAAGACCUUCCUCACCUUCAGCGGUUCUGAUGUUCAGACUAAGCUGCGUGACACUUACAAGAAAACUGGCGAUGAGUUCAUGACUAACAGGAUCGCCACCCUGGCUAAGGAGUAUCUGCCGGCUGACAUUCAGGCUCAGUUCUCAACAAGCAGAGAACUGAUUAGAAAUAUCCACAACAGCUUCCAAAAGCUGCGAGACAGAGCUGAGAAAAUGGCAGAGCGCUCCAAGGAGAAUGCAACUGAUCUCCUUAUGUUUGGCAGAGAGCUCAGUACGCUGGGCUCAGAUGCUUCGACUCUUCCCUCCCUGGCCUCCUCACAAAGCACCUGGGGGACCCUGCGUCAAUCUCUGAAGAGCUUGUCUGUGGAGUUUGCUGUGUUAUCAGACAAAGCCGCCCAGCAGGGCAGACGGGAAGAGGAUGAUGUUGUGGAAAAACUGAAUCUUUUCUUGGAUUUGCUGCAGUCCUACAGAGAUCUCUGUGAGCGACACGAGAAGGGCGUCCUCCACGAGCACCAGAGAGCUCUGCACAAGUACGGCAUGAUGAAGAGGCAGAUGAUGAGCGCCACUGUGCAGCCCAAAGAGCAGGGAUCUGUGGAGCAGCUGGAAUCACGGAUUGUUCAGCAAGAGAAUGCCAUCCAGACCAUGGAGCUGCGUAACUACUUCUCCCUGUUCUGCCUUCAUCAAGAGACGCAGCUUAUCUUCACCUACCUUCCAAUCACUUCCCACAUUCUCGGGGCUUUCGUUAACUCGCAGGUCCAAGGACACAAAGAGAUGGGAGAUGUGUGGAAUGAACUCCAGCCAAAGCUCGGGUGUCUCUUUGGUGGUAAUAAUGGCUUGAAGCCCCCCAUCUGAAGCCUGAAUACCCAUGAGAUGAAGAGGAGAAUCACUGCCACUGAUGAAGAUCACAAACUGAAAAAAUAAAAAGCUCUGUGAGCUAAAGCAAAAAAAAAAAAAAGCAUAAUGAACAACUUUUCCACUCUAUUACAGUGUUCAUGCGGUUCACUAAGAGAAUUUUUAAUGUUGCUUCUCAAGUUUGGGGGUUUGAUCAUCAACCAUAUCACCUGCGAGGGACACGGAGUUCAUAAAUCUGUAAAUUUACACUCUGCUUGAUGGGUAUGUGAUGUCUAUUUUAGAAUCGACUUUUGCGUCUGUCAGCAAGGCAGGAAAAUCCUAUGCUGUUGUACGAGGGAUACAAGGGUGACAGCAUAUUUAUACAUUCCAUUUGCUAAAGCACCUGUUUAUAACUUGUAAAAAAAAAAAAAAAGUUUUACACACUAAUGUAGCUGAAACAAACUGAAAGGUUAAAAAAAAGACUUUAUUAAAGGAUGGGGUUAUUUUGAA